AUGGUGUGGAACUACCUCCUAAAAGAUAUUCCAAAUACUCACAAAUUGGUGACGGAUCUCCCAACAAUUCCCUCGGCGGCGUCGACGCAAGGUGUUCUACUACAUGUAGAGUACAACCAGGUGAUUAUCAGCAACGACAUCAUCGAACUAACCAUAUCGAAGCCCGAGGGUCGCAUUACGGGAAUUCGGUACAAUGGUAUUGAUAAUUUGUUGCAGUAUUCAUCUAACCAAAGCAAUUUAGGCGGGUAUUGGGAUCUUGUAUGGAACUUUCCUGGUUCUGGACAAAAAAGAGGAGUUUUCGCGAUAUUGGAAGGUGCAGAAUUUAAGGUCAUAGUGCAGAAGGAGCAUCAGGUGGAGGUUUCUUUCAGCAGAACAUGGAAUCCGUCGCUACGUAACGGUGUCCGAUUGAAUGUCGAUAUAAGGUAUAUAGUGCUUCUCGGUAGCUCAGGGUUUUACAGCUAUGCGAUCUUCGAGCAUAAGAGAGGCUGGCCCGGUUUAGACCUUUCGGAGACUCGAAUCGCCUUCAAGCUUCGCGAAGACAAGUUCCGAUACAUGGCGGUAGCUGACGACAGAAGAAGAAAAAUGCCGAGAGCUGAGGAUCGGCAGUUCCCACGAGCGGUGACAUUGGCGUACAAGGAAGCGGUUCGAAUCGUGAACCCGCUCGAGCCCGAGUUCAAGGGCGAGGUGGAUGAUAAGUACCAGUACACGGUUGCUAACAAGGACAGUAGGGUGCACGGAUGGAUCUGCUCUGAUCCACCAACUGGUUUCUGGGUCAUCACACCCAGCAACGAAUUCCGCGCCGGUGGGCCCCUUAGGCAGGAACUCACCUCUCAUGUCGGUCCGACCUCUUUGGCGAUUUUUCUGAGCGAUCACUAUACGGGAAGGAGCGCGCAUUUCCGACUGGAGGACGGCGAGCACUGGAAGAAAGUUUUAGGCCCCAUUUUCAUCUACUUGAAUUCUGCUGCAAACCAAAGAGAUGUUGCACUCCACCUCUGGGAGAAUGCAAAAGCCCAGAUGCAAAUUGAGACAAAGAGAUGGCCCUAUGGUUUUCCUGCAUCAUUGGACUUUCCAAAAUUGAACCAAAGAGGCUUGGUUUUUGGCAAACUAAUGGUUCGAGAUAGAUGCAUUAGCAAAUAUGAUAUACAUGCAGAAGGGGCAUAUAUUGGCUUGGCACUACCAGGAGAACCAGGAUCAUGGCAAAGAGAAAGAAAGGGAUAUCAGUUUUGGACCAGAAGUAAUCCCAGAGGUGAUUUUGUUAUCAAGAACAUUCGACCCGGACGCUACAAUCUUUACGCAUGGGUCCCUGGAUUUAUUGGUGAUUUCAUGCACAAGUCCACAAUAACUGUUAAUCCAGGUGGAAGCAUCAAACUCGGAACGCUCGUAUUUGAACCUCCGAGAAGUGGGCCCACUCUGUGGGAAAUCGGCGUUCCGGACCGUUCGGCCGCCGAGUUCUUCGUUCCGGAUCCAAGGCCAGAAUACGUCAACAGGCUUUUCAUCAACCAUCCGGAAAAGUAUAGACAGUAUGGUUUAUGGGAGAGGUAUGCGGAUUUGUACCCGAAAGAAGAUCUUGUUUAUAAGGUCGGAGUUAGUGAUUACAAAAGAGAUUGGUUUUUCGCGCACGUUACAAGGAAAGUAGGGAACUCUUUCGAACCAACAACAUGGAGGAUAAAAUUUAGCUUAAACUUUGUCGAAACUAGUAGGACAUAUACAUUGCGUUUGGCCAUCGCAGCUGCACAUUACGCUCGCUUAGAGGUUCGAGUGAACAACCCGAAUGGAGAACCGCAUUUUACGACGGUAGCGUUCGGGGACGGCAACGCGAUUGCGAGGCAUGGAAUACAUGGCCUUCAGUGGAACUUUGAUGUAAGGAUAGAAGGGAGAUUGCUCUAUACGGGCGAGAAUACGAUCUAUCUAACUCAAGCCAAGGGAGGGCAUGUGUUUUAUGGUGUUAUGUACGAUUAUCUUCGAUUGGAAGGACCUUAA